AUGAUAAAUCUGAACCAAACAGAUGUGACCCCAGCCUCAUUCAUUCUUAAUGGGAUCCCAGGACUGGAGGACAUGCACCUGUGGAUUUCCUUCCCAUUCUGCUCCAUGUAUGUUGUGGCAAUGGUAGGGAACUGUGGGCUCCUCUACCUCAUCUGCUAUGAAGACUCCCUGCAUAGAUCCAUGUAUUAUUUUUUGGCAAUGCUUUCCCUUACUGACCUUGUCAUGUGUUCUAGUACAAUCCCUAAAGCUCUCUGCAUCUUCUGGUUUCAUCUCAAGGAAAUUAAAUUUGAAGAAUGCCUAGUCCAGAUGUUCUUCAUCCAUACCUUCACAGGGAUGGAAUCUGGGGUGCUCAUGCUUAUGGCCCUGGACCGUUAUGUCGCCAUCUGUUACCCUCUGCGCUACUCAGCUAUCCUCACCAAUCCUGUCAUUGCAAAGGUUGGGCUUGCUACUUUCCUGAGAGCAGUAUUCCUCAUCAUUCCCUUGAUUUUCCUCACCAAGAGACUACCCUAUUGCAAGGGUAAUAUAAUACACCAUACUUAUUGUGACCAGUUAUCGGUAGCCAAGUUAUCCUGUGGAAAUAUCAAGGCCAAUGUUAUCUAUGGUCUGAUGGCUGCCUUCCUGAUUGGAGGUUUUGACAUCCUGUGCAUCACAAUCUCCUACACCAUGAUCCUCCGGGCAGUGGUCAGCCUUUCCUCGGCAGAUGCUCGGCAGAAGGCCUUUAGCACCUGCACUGCCCACAUCUGUGCCAUUGUCUUCUCCUACAGUCCAGCCUUCUUUUGCUUCUUUUUUAAUCGUUUUGGGAGCCACACAAUACCUCCAUCUUGCCACAUCAUUGUGGCCAAUAUUUAUCUGCUCUUGCCUCCCACCAUGAACCCUAUUGUCUAUGGGGUGAAAACCAAGCAGAUACGAGACUGUGUCAUAAGGAUCUUUUCAGGUGCAAAGAACAUCAAAUCCUACAGCACAUAG